CUUGUGUGUUUUAAAGGUUAUGUUUUGUGUUGUUGUCUUGAAGUAAAACGAAGUAUUAAAGCUGCAAAUAUGUAUAAAGGAAUUGAAGCCGAUUCACCAGCAGAACUGGAGUCACAGUUUAUAUUACGUUUACCUGUGGAACCAGCUAGAGCCUUGCGGGAGGCAAUUCGAAGUAACCAUUCGUUAAAAGACAGGGUUUCUAUAAAAAUUGAUCACGAAAUGAUGAGACACGGUGAAGUCAGAGUAGAUCAUUGGUUAAUGCCUGCGAAGGUCGUUGAUUUGCCAACGAUAGUGGAAUCGCUCAAAACAAUUGACUCAAAGGGUUUUUACAAAACUGCAGAUAUUUGCCAAAUGUUAAUAUGUAGAGAUGAAGACGAUCAGACGCCGACAGAUGACGAUUCUCCUCAAAAGAAGAAGAAGGACCCUAAUAAGGUGGAUAAAAAAUAUCUAUGGCCCCAUGGAAUCACUCCUCCUGUUAAAAAUGUAAGGAAGAGAAGGUUCCGGAAGACUUUGAAAAAGAAAUAUGUAGAAGCUCCUGAAAUUGAAAAAGAAGUAAAGAGACUGUUGAGAAUUGAUAACGAUGCUGUUAGUGUAAAAUGGGAGGUAUUAAAUGAAGAAGAUGAAAAUAGAUUGAACAAAGGAACUGUUGUUAAAAAGGACACUACAGAACCAAUUAAAAACGUGGCCGAGCACGAUAUAUUUGGUGGUGCUGUUAGUGAUUCAGAAGAUGAAGACGCACACCUCAAUGUUUUAGAUGUUCUAGACGAGAACAGUCAAAAUUCCGGCGAAGACAGUCACCUUACAGAUUCUAAUUCUGUUUUGAACAACUCUGCCGAUUCAAAAUUACUCACUGAGUUUACCAGUGAAAUGUUUAGAGAUAUCCCGCAAUCUCCAAAUCUUAUGCAAGAAAUAGAUUACUAUCAACAAUCUACUUCUAGCAUGUCUUUUUCGGAUUUCAGAGGUUCCGACCAAAAAGUAGGUAUACAAGCCAGGGUGGAUGAACUGGAUGCCGAAAUUGCGGAUUUGAAAGCCAAAAGACAGCAACAAGAAAAUAAAAUCGAGAACAUAGAAAAUUUGGCGUUAAGACAGAGAUUUCAGGAUAGUCUGGACAGUUUACUUCAGGAGCAAUAUGAGAAAGAACAGGAACGUUAUGGGCUGAUUCAAUUGCAAAAGCAAGGAAUGGAAUGA